CAAAUCCAGUUUGCAGAUGACAUGCAGGAGUUCUCCAAGUUCCCAACCAAGACCGGCCGCCGCUCCCUGUCCCGCUCCAUCUCGCAGUCUUCCACCGACAGCUACAGCUCCGCUGCCUCCUACACAGACAGCUCUGACGAUGAGGUGUCUCCCCGCGAGAAGCAGCAAACCAACUCCAAAGGCAGCAGCAACUUCUGCGUGAAGAACAUCAAGCAGGCAGAGUUUGGACGCCGAGAGAUCGAGAUCGCCGAGCAAGACAUGUCUGCUCUGAUUUCACUCAGGAAGCGAGCUCAAGGGGAGAAGCCUUUGGCUGGAGCUAAAAUCGUAGGCUGUACACACAUUACAGCACAGACCGCGGUGCUGAUCGAGACGCUGUGUGCGCUGGGAGCGCAGUGCCGCUGGUCUGCCUGCAACAUCUACUCCACCCAGAACGAGGUGGCAGCUGCCUUGGCCGAAGCAGGUGUUGCCGUAUUUGCCUGGAAGGGAGAGUCAGAGGAUGACUUCUGGUGGUGCAUUGACCGCUGUGUUAACGUAGAUGGCUGGCAGGCUAACAUGAUCCUGGAUGACGGUGGGGAUCUGACCCAUUGGGUUUAUAAGAAGUACCCCAACAUAUUCAAGAAGAUCCGAGGGAUCGUGGAGGAGAGCGUGACCGGUGUGCACAGGCUGUACCAGCUCUCCAAAGCUGGGAAGCUCUGCGUGCCAGCCAUGAACGUGAACGACUCCGUGACCAAACAGAAAUUUGACAACCUGUAUUGCUGCCGGGAAUCCAUCCUGGACGGCCUGAAGAGGACCACAGAUGUGAUGUUUGGAGGGAAGCAAGUGGUGGUUUGUGGCUAUGGGGAGGUCGGCAAGGGAUGCUGUGCUGCUCUGAAAGCCCUGGGAGCGAUCGUCUACGUCACGGAGAUCGACCCCAUCUGCGCUCUUCAAGCCUGCAUGGAUGGAUUCCGGGUGGUGAAGCUGAGCGAAGUGAUCCGUCAGGUCGACGUCGUCAUCACCUGCACAGGAAACAAGAAUGUCGUGACCAGAGAACACCUGGAUCGGAUGAAGAACAGCUGCAUCGUGUGCAACAUGGGCCACUCCAACACGGAAAUCGAUGUGACCAGCCUCCGGACCCCCGAGCUGACCUGGGAGCGGGUCCGUUCCCAAGUGGACCACGUCAUCUGGCCGGAUGGGAAACGGGUGGUGCUGCUGGCCGAGGGCCGUCUUCUCAACCUGAGCUGCUCCACGGUUCCCACCUUCGUCCUCUCUAUCACAGCCACCACUCAGGCUCUGGCUCUGAUCGAGCUGUACAACGCUCCCGAGGGCCGUUACAAGCAGGACGUGUACCUGCUGCCCAAGAAGAUGGAUGAGUACGUUGCCAGCUUGCACCUGCCUUCGUUCGACGCCCACCUGACGGAACUGACGGACGAUCAGGCGAAAUACCUGGGACUCAACAAAAAUGGGCCUUUCAAACCCAACUACUACAGAUACUGAUGGACCAUACCUAUGAAGGACCAGACCACACAAGGCAACAUUAGGGAGAUUCUUUUUAACGAUCAUUUCAUUUUGGUUCACCUUUUCAUUUUUUUUUUUUUUUAACCAACAAGGAACCCUGUUUUUACAUUUACCAGCGUGAUUUUAAGGUCACUUAUUAUUAUUAUUUUUUUCUCAUUUUCACCCUCCUCUGCGGUCGCAUCUCUGUCUGAUCUCGGCACGCGGCCUGGGAUCCGCUCCCUGCUUCCAUGUGGCUGAAGCCGCUGGUGGCUCCCAGCCUGGUUCCCUCCCCUGCUGUGUGAAGGGCAAUUCGCUGCUGCCGCCGUGUCUUUUUUUUUUUUUAACCUUCCCAUCCCGCGUUGGGUCUCCUCCGGGAUAUCUGCAGAUACGGAGAUGCUCUUCUACCUUCCCUUAACGUUUCCUUUCUUUGUGUGGAUGAUCUGCAACUUCUCAAUUGCCUUAAAGAGCCCAGUUUUAGCUGCUAGUUCAAUGCUCCUGGCUCUGCUCGGGAGCAGAGUGGCGCCUGCUGGCCACCUCAUGAAUAGGUGACUGUCCCCACCUGGCCGGGGUCCCCUGUUUGGUGGCCAGCGGGGUCCGGGGAGCUCACAGUUUCAGGGUGCUAAUCUGAAUUUGGAUGGGGGUCACUUAACCCAGCAUCAUCCUCAUCUCUCCUAGGUUGUUUUUUUUUUUUUUUUUUUUUUAAGCCAAACUGCACCUUAAUUUGAGUUGAAAACAUACGUCGGUCGGUCGGUUGGUUGGUUUGUUUUGCUCUUCUUUCCUUUUUGGAUCCUUAAAGAGACGUUUAAAGAGGGGCGAUGUGUCUGGCUGUGGAGUUUGGGCUCUCUCCGAGCGGCCCCGUCUCCCAGCAGGACGCGUGGGUGCUGUUAAGGGUGGUGUGUGGAUUUUUCUGGAGGGCAUUUCACUUUUGUUCUGAGGCGGAUGCACAAACUGAGCCUUCCCCGGGCCCUCUGCACCCUGGGCUCCCCUCGCUGCCCACCCCUCGAGCUGAGCUUCCUCAGCGAUGCCCCGCAGUGUUCCAGCCGCUCUCAUCGCCUCCUUCUUCCCUUCCCCACCCUCGCCGGUGACAAAUAUUUCUCUUCUCCAUCUCUUGCAGCUUGUCAUGGGUUGGGGGAAAGCCCUUGCAACCCCAGUGAGGUUCCUCCUGGCUUUUUUCCCUCUCCCAACGCCUCUUUCUUCCCCCGGCAAAGACCAGAGCAGGGUGGGGUCAACGUGUUCCCCCACCGCAUCGCUUGUUACAGAGAUAACGGGGAUGUGGUACCCCCCAGAGAGCUGCUCAGCUGCCUCCAGCCGCCCCAUCCCAGGGAUGGGCGAUGCUCCUGCGGCGCCGGGUGCGGGUGCAGCGCUGCCUUUCCCUCGGUGGGGGCUGGAGGACGAUGUAAGGAUGGAUGGCGCAGCUUCGCUCACCCUCCUGUGCCCUCUGCUCCUUCUCUGUCCCUCUUGGGGAGCGCUUGCCUGACACGUGCGGCCCCUCCGCCAUCCCUCAGCCCUCCCGGGGGCCAUGGGCCGGGGGCCUUUCCCACCCCCGUGGGUCGCAGCGGCCGAGCUGAGGCCUGCAGCUCCGUAUAAGCCAUGUCCCAGGGGUGGCGGCAGCGUCGGGCCGGGAGGGGAGAGAGGUUUAUUUUGUAUAUGAAUGAUUUUUAAUGAAUGCAAUAUUAAUCCUUGCAGAUGAGCAAUAAAUCAUUAAAGUCUAAUGAAAACUA